AUGCCAUACUCUCGAUCUCGCUCUCGUUCACCGAUGACAUCAUCCUAUCGUCGUGAACAAUCACAUUCACCGUAUAAUAAUGAUGGUCAAGAAGAAAAUGGUUGUCGUAUACAUGUUGCAGAUCUUUCAACAAAUUGUACAAAACAUGAAAUUGAAAAAGCAUUUGAUAAAUGGUCUUUAAUUGAAGUAUGGCAUGCACAAGCAUCAUGCUUUGCAUUUGUUGUUUUGCGUCAUCGUCAUGAUGGACAACAAGCCAUCAAUGAACUUGACGGCCAAUAUAUUGGUGAUGCACGAGUACGAGUUUCAUUAGCUCGACCACGUACACGUGGUGCUGGACGACGACAUUUUGAUCCAAAUAUGCGAUGUUAUCAAUGUGGUUCUCGAGGUCAUUUUAGUCGAGAUUGUGGUAAUAAUCAACGAAAUUAUAAAAGAAAUGGUAAUGGAUAUCGAUCUAAUUCAUAUGAUCGUCGUCGUGAACGAUCCUAUUCUCGAUCUCGUUCUCGAUCACCUCGUCCUCGAGUUAUUCGUGACUAUCAUCGUUAUAGUCCUCGUCAAAUAUCACCAUCAUCUCAUUACAAAUCUCGUGAUAAUCGAUCUGGUUAUUAUACAAGUCCACCUCGAACAUGA